AUGGAUCUGGUCAAGCGAGUCGCUAUUGUUGGGUCGGGAAACUGGGGCUCUGCCAUCGCGAAGAUCAUCGGCGCCAACACUGCCCGCUAUCCGCACUUUCACACUGCCGUGAAGAUGUACGUCCACGAGGAGGAGGUCGAACACAGCGGAACAGUUCGACCACUGAGCGAGGUGAUCAAUGAGACGCACGAAAACGUCAAGUACCUGCCCGGGCACCAGCUGCCGGUCAAUGUGCACACGCUAGGCAUCGCCGAGGUGGCCGUGCUCAUGGGCGCCAAUCUGGCGCACGAGGUGGCCGAGGGCCACUUCUGCGAGACCACCAUAGGCGUCCGGACCGCCCUCAGCGGCAAGAUACUGAAGCACCUCUUUCAGACGGACAACUUUCGCGUCACCUACGUUCAGGACGUCUUUACGGUGGAGGGCUGUGGCGCUAUCAAGAACAUCAUCGGCUGCGCCGCCGGCUUCGUCGACG